CAUCACUAGUCGUAGAAGCCACCGCCAUUUUGAUCCAAUGUUGUUUCCGCCAUUGCAAAUGCAAAAGUGCGGUUUAUUAUUUAAUAACGCGUAAUUCGUGUAAUAUGCUGUGUAGUUUAGUUUAGCAUCAAUAAUUUUUAAAGAUGGAAGAGGAGUAUAAUAUGGACACACAGGACUCGGGCGCGAGUGACACUAAUAGAAACGAUGGAAAUGAUAGUGAUACUGUGAAAAGUGAUUAUGAGUUUGGUUAUGAUGAAUCUUACGAAGAUGAAGAUGGGGGUUUUCGUGGAGGCCCUCGUGGCCGCGGCAAUUUCAGAGGCCGCGGUGGUCGCGGCAUGCCCCCACCAGGCUGGAUGAAUGGACCACCUCCCAUGCGCUUUAGAGGUAGGGGUUAUGGUCCUGGUGGACCUCCAAUGAGAGGCCGUGGAUUUUUCCGGGGUCGUGGUGGUCCCAGAUUUGGUCCUAAUGGGGGGCCUAAUUUUGACAAUAAUUGGGGGCCUAUGGGACCUCCACCACCUGGUAUGAUGGGACCACCUCCGUUUGGUCCACCCCCACCUGGAAUGAUGCCACCAGGUGGGCCAAUGGGACCUCCACCUAAUAUGAUGGGACAGCCACCACCUUUUGGACCUCCAGGAAUGCCACCACCAAAUAUGCCUCCACCUGAAAUAUGGGUAGAAACAAAGUCUGAUGAGGGCAAAUCAUAUUACUAUCACCAACGCACUAGAGAAACAACUUGGACAAGGCCACAAGAGAGUCCGACUUGCAAGGUCAUAACACAGGCUGAAAUGGAAGCUAUGGUGUCAGCAGGCCAAAUGCCAGGCAUGAACCCACAAACUAUGGGCAUGAAUAACCCAAUGGGAGGACCAAUGGGUGGACCACCUAUGGGAAUGAUGCCCAAUGGCAUGAUGGGAGGCAUGAUGCCCCCUGGAAUGGGGCCCCAAGGAGGUGCAUCCACACCCAAUUCUGCCCCACCCUAUAUGUCACAUCCACCACCAUGGUCAAAAGAUGGUAACAACCAAAUGAAGAUGGAUCAAGCUGAUCAGGCGACAAUGGAUAUGGAUGAACUACCACCCGGUGAAUCCCUUCAAAAUAACCAGAUGCCCAAUGCCAUAGCUCCAGUGACCACAUCUUCCAGUGGGCCUCCAAUGGGAACGAAUAUGGGCUCCGGACCUCCGAUGGGAUCAGGCCCGCCCAUGGGUGGACCCAAUAUGGGUCCUCCACCUAAUAUGGGAGGGCCUGGUGGUGGGACAUGGAAUCCUUGGGGAUGGGGUCCACCACCAAUGGUUGCACAACCAGGCUUCUCUGGUCCCGAUAAUAAUGGGGCAAUGGGAGCUAACCAAAUGGGUAAUUCCAUGUCUGGUGAUAAUGAAUCACCAAUAAUGCUGGAUGGAUCCACUCCACCUCCCAAGAAAGAUCCUACUAUUAUACCUCCGGAAUUGGAAGCAGCGGCCGCGGAAUGGACGUCCCACGUGGCUCCAGAUGGCAGAAUGUAUUACCACCACGCCGGCAGAGCACAUAGUGUUUGGAUCAAGCCGGAGCCCUUGCAGAGGCUAGACGAAUUAAAGGCGAAAAUUGCAAUCGAAAAAGGGGAAAGAAUGGAUAACAAAAAUGAACCAAUAAUUUUGGAUGGUGUUAUAGAUGUCGACGAACACGCGGAUGCGGUGGCAGCGGCUGAAGCGACCGCCGUAGAGGAGAAGGAGAGAACAGAACGCGAGCGGAUAGACCGCGAAAAGGCGGAGAGGGAGAGGGAAGAGAAGGAGAAGGCGGAAAAGGAGAAGGCGGAGAAGGAAAAGGCGAAACCGGAUAAGACUAGGCCGGUUACGAGCACGCCCAUCACGGGUACGCCGUGGUGUGUUGUAUGGACUGGCGAUGGUCGCGUUUUCUUCUACAAUCCAACGGCCCGUCUCUCUGUAUGGGAACGGCCAGCUCAACUGCUCGGGAGGAAGGAUGUUGAUGCUGCAGUAGCCCAACCUCCGCACCUUGUACAACAGCAACAGCAACAGCAACAACAGAAGAAGGAAACGACUCCAUCGAAAGGUUCCAACGGCGAUCUCAAACGUGGAAUCGAAUCGGACAGCGACUCUGAGAGUGACGGCGCGAAACGGGCCAAGCAAGUCGAGGUGGUGGGUGUGACGACGAAAAAAGCCAUCGACGCAAACGCGGACGCAGCGGUCGAGGCGGAGAUGAUUGCGGCCAGGAAGCGGGUGGUGGUGCCGUUCGAGCAGCGAGUGACCGCCUUCCUGCAGCUGCUGCGGGAGUCGGACGUGUCCGCCUUCAGCCCCUGGGAGAAGGAACUGCACAAGAUCGUCUUCGACGACCGAUACCUGCUACUCGAGUCCAAGGAGAGGCGACAGGUGUUCAACAAGUACGUCCGCGAUAGAGCUGAAGAAGAAAGAAAAGAGAAACGCAACAAGCUACUGCUGAAGAAGCAGUCGUUCAAGCUACUCAUGGAAGAGGCCAAAUUACACUCCAAGUCAUCAUUCACCGAGUUCUCGACGAAGUACUGUCGGGACGAAAGAUUCCGCGGUAUCGAGAAACUGCGCGAGCGUGAGACAUACUUCAACGAGCACAUUGCCGAACUGCGCAAGAAAGAGAAGGAAGAGAAAGAGAAACGCAGGGAACAGGCCAAACAAGAUUUCAUACAGCUCCUAAAAGACAAAAAUGUGGACCGACACGCCCGUUGGGUCGAAGUGAAGAAGAAAAUCGAUGUGGACGUCCGGUAUAAAGCCGUUGAGAGUAGCUCCUUGAGAGAGGAUCACUUUAGGGAGUACUGCAAGAUGAUUAAGGACGAGAGGAAGAAGGAUGGAAAGGAGAAAGAACGCGAACGCGGCAGCCGAAAGGACAAGAAGGACAAAGAUCGUGAUAAGGAGAAGGAGAAAGAGAAGGAAAAGGACAAGGAUUCAAAGAAAGAGAAGAAGAAAGAUAAGGGAGAGAAAUCCGACCCACCGACCGAAGACGAAAAGAAACAGCCCACGCCACCUCCCGACCAAUGGGCGGAAAUACUCGGCAUCCCCGGUGAGGAUGACUCCAAAUCUGACCCGUCCUCCAAGUCAUACAAAGCUUCGGAGAACAGUGAAACCUCCUCCGACAACGUCUCGCCGAAAGUGCUCAGGUCCUCGAAAAAGACUCCGGACACCCAACAAAAGUCCCCCACGAAAAUACUUUCGCCCCCGAAAAAGAGACGACCGGACUUGAAGUCGCCGGAACCGGAGAAGGGGAAGAAGAAAGAGAAGACUGAUAAGAGGAAACGGAAGUCGGAGAAAGAAUAGUGUUUGCUCAAUGUGUUCAAACGCUCGUUGGAGAAGCGCUGACGCGAUGGACGUUUCAACUCACGAACGCAAAAGUGCGAAUGAGUGAAGUGAUUUUAUAUUGUGAAAUUUCUCUUUGCCAAGUUGUGUGAAGGUUUUAAAAAGAAUUGUCUCUAUAUAUAUAUAUAUAACUCUGCAUGCCAUUGAAAUGCCUGGUUUGUGAAAAUUGGCAAUAAAACGUUUCCGUACGGGAACAUAAUUCUUUUGGUCCUUCGGAUUCUGUCCCCAUAAAACUUGAAUAAUUUUAUCUGAAAUGUUAUGUUUGCCUGGUGCUUACAGUUAUUUACCCUUAUGUUGUAUGCUUUUUAUUUACGAUAUGGUCGCAAUAUUAUUUAAAAAGAUCGCAUUGAAAUACUUGAUUCGUAGAACACUUGGAAAAUACUGUACUUGGCCUAAAGUCGCAAUAAUAAUGAUAGUUUUCAAGGAUCAAAAUCCUUUGAUCACUUUGAUUGACAGUUUAAAGGAAUGACAGUUUACAGUGACAGUGACAGUUAAUUGGACAAUACAUGUGUACAAUUGUAAAUAUAACAUAUUAGCGUUCGACCAAAAUGUCUUUUUGUAUAUAAAUAUAGAUUAUAAGUACUCUUAUGUAGAAGUUAUAUUAAGAUCGGUAAA